AUGGCAUCCAUUCCAUCGACGCAAAACGCCGUCAUAAUCGAAACAACCGGCGGCCCCGAAGUCCUCCAAUUCCGCACCGACCACCCCGUCCCUCAACUCCAGGAAGGCGAAAUCCUCGUAAAAAACAAUAUCGCCGGCAUCAACUUCAUUGAUACGUAUUUCCGUACUGGACUUUAUGCAUCACCAAAGCCUGAGAUUUUGGGAAGGGAAGCGGCCGGUACGAUUGUUGCGUUAGGACCUGGUGCGCCGAACCCGUAUGGAUUUCAAGUUGGUGAUCGUGUGAUAUGGAUGAGUGUUUCCGGGUAUGCGCAAUAUACAGCUGUGCCGGCUAAGACCGCGAUCAAAAUUCCUGAUGGAGUGUCGGAUGAGGAUCUUGUUGCUUCGUUUUUGAGUGGGUUGACGGUCUUGACUUUGGUCAAGGAGACGUAUGCCGUGCAAAAAGGGGAUAUAGUUCUCGUCCAUGCUGCUGCGGGUGGUGCGGGGAUCUUGAUGGUUCAGAUCCUCAAGUCUCUGGGUGCAGUUGUUAUAGGUACCGCGGGUGGAGCUGAAAAGGUUGCGCUUGUCAAGAGCCUGGGAGCUGAUCAUGUCAUCGAUUAUCGGAGUGAGGAGGGUAAAGAUUGGGUCAAGAUUGUCAAGAAGAUUACGAAUGGGCGCGGUGUGGAUGUUGUUUAUGACUCCGUGGGUAAGGAUACCUGGGAGGGAAGUUUGGAGGUUGUGAAGAGGAAGGGCUUUGUGGCCUGGUUUGGAAACGCCAGUGGUCCUGUUCCGGCUUUUCCUAUUCAACUCCUUGCACCAAAAUGUAUCAAGAUUGCUCGUCCCAUGGUGAAUGGGUACUUGGUUGAGAGAGAGGAAUAUGAAUACUGGGCAAAUCAACUGUUUGAUCUUUUGAAAUCCGGCGAGUUGAAGGUCAAGAUUAAUAAGAUUUUCCCAUUGGCAGAAGUGCAGCAAGCACACAAGGAUCUUGAGGGAAGAAAGACUACAGGAAAGACACUGCUGAGGCCUUGA